AUGGCCUCUCAGACCAAUGAUGCCCAGUACCAUGGCAGGUAUCUUGCGACCGCCCAUCAAGAUGGGACAGUCCGCGUUGGCAGUGCUGAGCUUCGCGGGCAUCGCGCUGCAGUGCUGUGUUUGGCAUGGGCCGAAGGCAUCGAAGGAUCUCUUUUGGCUUCCGGAGCCGCAGAUGGUCAGGUCAUCCUUUGGAAUGAAGUGAGAAGCAAUGAGUGGCGAAUGAUUCACCAGAAGUUUGUGCCUGGCUCCGUGACGUGCCUGAGCUUUAGUUCGCCUGAGCCGUAUCUCAUGCUGGGCAUCGGCGGCGGCGAUGAGCUUGGCGUUCUCACAGUGCUUGUAGAGCUACGGCGCGGUUCGAUGACACCAGACAAUUGGCAGGUGAAGUCUAUCCCUUCUCACGGUGGGGGUAUCAGCUCACUCAGCUGGGCUUCAGCGUCAUCUCCAGUUGUAUUUGCCACAGGACCCGCAGUCUCCAGAGCCAGCAGCGGCAGUCGCUGGCUGGGUGGUGCCAGGCGUUUGGCAACCUCCGGAGCCGAUGGGCAGCUGGUGAUUUGGCGUGUUGAUGCCAAGACCGAUUCGUUUCUUCGUGAACAUGUGGUGGACGGAGACCAGAUUGCUGGUGAUGAUGUCUGGUGUUCUGUUUCCUGGCGGCCCAACGUUGGUUUGCCCGGAAAUUGCCUGGCAGCAGUCUCCAAGGAUGGAGUGGUGAUGAUCCUGUCGCAGGAUGCUGAUGGCGUGCCCUUCUAUCUGAAACAACAGUGGUGUGUUGGCGAAGGACAGCGCUUGGCCUGGACGAAGGCAGGCACACUGCUGGCAGUGGUGGCCAACGCCGACAAAUGCUUUCUUUUUAAGGAGUCUUCUGGUGGCGAGUGGAAGGAAGUUGCCAACGUAGCUGGAGUCCCCCUGUCGAGUGGUCUGCCGGAGUUUUCAAGCGCCCACGGAUCAGACUUUUUGGAAUUGUGA